AUGUCCGAUAUAGAAACAGUUGAUUCAGAUAAUAACAGUAAUAAUAAUAAUAAUAAUUGUUCUCGUUGUGGUUCUUCAAAUGAAGCUGAUGUUGAAGUUGCAAGUUCGCUGAAAUCAUUGUGCAGUCAGACAGGUGGCUUGUCUGCAGUGGCCUACAAAAAUGGGACUCAUCAGAGGAGUGUGAGAGUUGUGGCUCACAAUUUGCAAUCAUUUUUGGACAAAUGUACAACGAAGCUAGAUCUAUGUUCAGCAGCUAGAAGAUUAUUUAAUAGGGAUGGUUCCGAAAUAUUCCAUCCUGAUGACGUUCUGGACAGAAAUCAUGUCUUUGUGUCUUGUGGGGAGAAUUUCAUAUACACGAAUGAAGAAGCAUCAAGAGAUGAUUUUUUAACUUCCUUGCCAGACUACCUGAACGCUAAAAUGUCGUCAACAUGGACGGCCAAUGGAUUGGUCUGGGGUGAAAAGUUCAAGAGGAAAAAAAUUAAGAUGGCCAAAAUGUCGAAAAGAUUGAGACGUCUGUUGGAGCCGCCAAAGAAAAGAUUUCUUCUGUUUGAGAACGGAUCGAGUGAAAAUUCGGUAGAGGUGGCUGUGCAUCUGAAUGCUGUGGACGAGUUGUUGGAUGUGGCCACCACAAAGUUGGAACUGAACAGUAGAGCCAGGCUGCUCUUUGACUGGAAUGGAAUGCAAGUUGAUGACUUGAACAACGUGCGGUGGCAUGGUCCAUGUGGGGUGUCCAGGGGUGAGGGCUUCAGUCCAAGGGGGGUCUUCACUUUUUUGAGUGUUUUCGUGAGAUUUUUGAAGUUGAAGCUGAAGAACAGGAUGAAAUAUCAACAUCAGAUAUUAGCAGCCAAAUCAGAAGAAACGAAGCAUUGUACGGAGAUAACUUCACUGCUGUCCAUGUCAACGAGGGAGUUGGACGAAGAGCUGAGGUCUGUCAGUGGUGAGGGGCGAGACAUCAGGGAUGUUCUCGAUCAACUGAACGAACAGAUGAACAAGUUGAUGAAAGAUUAUUCCAACGAAUCCGUAUGUAACAAGGAAGGCAGCGGUUACAAGCUGAAGCACAUCAAGGAAAUACAGUCCGACAGCAAACUCAUUGGCACCAAGGGAUUGAGAUUGAAGGUAUACAGCAACAACAGCAACAAAGCAGUCCUAACAACAGUCUAUUUCAACAUGCAACAAGCGCAGAGAUCAGUAAACCAGGCAGACAGCAGAUCAAACGUUGCUCAACAAUUAAUGGCCAUGCUGCUUGACAGGGUAAGCGAAGUGUUGAACAUGAACCCCCACUACCAAGGAACGUCAAGAGUCAAGUGUUUGUACGAUGAGGGAGGCGAGCCGGUGAGGCGGGUUGAAGACCUCACCUACGAUCAGUGCUUAUAUCUCUCCAUUGUUCAGCCCGUACUCGCUAACAGCUGUCCGCUGGUGUUGCAGGUCGUUGUUCGCAAGUCUCAGCGGACGAGUGGAGAAGAGGUUGCCGACGCUGGCAGUCGUGAUAAAAAUCAAAAUAAUAAUAAAACCAGACGAAAUAAGAAGAAUAACAAUAAUAAUAAUAAUCCUGAUAACAGUGUGAAUAAGAAAAAGAGGAAGAAUAAUGUUAAUAAUGAUGUUGAUGAUUAUGACGAUGGUGAGUUCGAUGAUGACAAGGAUGGUGCUAUUAAUAAAAAUGAUGAGGAGCAUGAGGAAGAAGAGGAUGCAGGAAAUGAUGCUGCUGCUGCAACUAAUCGCGGUGAAGAUGUUGAGGAUGGUAACAGAAAUGUGGUAAAAGAUGGUGAUGGAGAUGAUAGGGGUGACAAUAGUGAUGAUGAUUGUGGUAAUGAUGAUAGUAAUGUUUAUGAUGGUGAUGGUCAUUUAGUGGCGUACGAUGUAACAGUUGGCUGCAAGAUUGAAAGUAGAAACAACCAUGAUAAUGACUCAAAUAACAUCAGCAAAACAUGGAACCACGAUAACACUUUGAAUUACAAGCCUUCCAAACAGAACUUCAAUCAGAGAAGCUAUGUUGAUCAAACUGGAGGUGAUGCGAUUAACUUGAUGCUAGUGGCAACAAAUCAAAAAGUUGCCUUCUCAUUCCAACACAAAGACAACACUGUUGACGUUGAGGGGCUGUUGGUCAAAGUUGGAAACAACAUUAGCAACAAUGGCAGCAGUAAUUGUGUGGAUUAUUUUAAGUGGUCUGUCGAUGAUAAUGAUUCUGGUUUCAUCACAUUAAAGGACAGGAUCGAUUCUUACCUGACACUGCUGGACAGAAGUUAUGCACACACUCUGGACAUUUCCUCAGAUGGCAGUCGAAACAACUUCAAUCAUGACAACAGUGAAAUGAAAGUAAACAAAGUAAAUGUGAACAACAACAACAGCUACAACAACAACUACAACAACAACAAUUACAACAACAACAACAAUUACAACAACAACAUCUGCAACGAGAAAGGAGAUGCCUCUGCAUUUGAACCUGGCCACUGCAGUCUCUCAACCUUCAACUCACUGCGCUGCCCAAUCAAUGAUGUCUUCAAAAGUAAGUACGUGAAGUUGACUGUACUGAAGAAUGGCGAAAGGAACAGCGAGAGGUCUGCUGUGUUUUUGGAUGACUGCACGUACAAGCUGUCGCUGUCCACACCGGCUCGUCACGUGUUCGACAGCAGAGGAAACAAACUGACCGACACGAGCAUGCUGGCCAGUCAGCAAGUUAUCUACGUAUCGCAGACCGACGGAUGGAUCGAUCCGAACAUGAACUUCAGUGAGCGCCAACAACAAAGAUACAAACAACAACAACUACAACAUCAACAACCACCUUACCAAAGGCAUCAUCGUCAACAACAGCCUGACUACCGAUCACAUCAACAACGACAACAACUGCAACAAGCGUCUUCUCAUAAAUCUAAGAAGUCAAACGACAGUAAGGUGUUGAGAUUGAAAAGCACGAAACUGUCACAUGACAACAUCGCUAAUCAUAAUCAGUUCCUGAGUGAUGGUGAUGACACUACCAAUAAUAAUGACAGCAACAUAAAUGAGGAUCGUCAUCAUCAUCGGUCUUGUCACCAAGAUUUCAACAACGGUGACGAUGAAAGAGGGGAACUUAUUAAUAAAAAUUAUGAAGAAACUGCUGAAAAUGACGACCAUCAACAUCAUCAACAACAUCAUCAACAACAACAACAACUAUCUCAACAACCACAACAACCAUUUGUAAUAGUUCUUGAACAGCAGCAACAACAACAAAACAAACACCCAGAUAUAGAGACGACGAGAUCACGCAAUAACACUGAUGGCUUCGCUACCAGAUCUGAAUAUAAUCAUACACACCACAAACAACAGCAAAAAGUUAAAAAAGUUCAAUUUCUUGAUGCUAAUGAAGACCACCACAACAACACUAACAGACCUCAUAGCAGCAACAAUCGCAAUAAAACACAGCACAACGACAACGACAAACAUGCGACGAACAACAUCAACAACAAACAUGCGACAAACAACAAACCAGCUAGUACUACAACAACAAACUCAACCACGAACAAGCCAACAAAGGUAGCUGUUUACAUCAAUGGUGAUUCGUCAAUGUCUCUACACAGUGUUUUUGGUAACAGCAUAGAACAAAUAUUAGAUGACUGCACGAGAAAAUUUAAACUUCAAAUUCCCGCCAAAUAUCUGUUCACGGAUGAUGGAAAGAUGAUCACAGACGUCAGCGAGUUGAAGCUCGGGCAGAAGUUGUGCGUCUCAACGAGCAAAAAAUUUCUAAAAGUUAAUUCAAGUCUUAAGUAG